CUAGUUCGGAGGGGAUGGAAGGUGACAAAAGGAGUUCUGCCUGGAGGGGUUGGCCCUAGUGAGGGAGCCGGGGAAGGCAUGGGGCCGGCAAUGCGGAGGCCGUUGCCCCGCGUGCGCCCCCGGUCAGAGUACAGGUACCUGGCAUCCUGGAGUGGAUGCCAACCCUUCGCCCCUGCAGACCGCCCCUUGGCUCAAGCCUACGCCCCGUGCCGCCCUGGGCGACUCCAGCGCCACCUCCUGAGCGGCGAGUUCGACCAACUGCGCGACUUUCCCAUCUUUGAGAGCAACUUCGUGCAGGUGACCCGGUUUGGAGAAGUCGCCAACAAGGUCACCAUGGGGGUGGCAGCCUCUAGCCCUGCCCUGGAGCUGCCAGACCUGCUGCUGCUAGCCGGCCCUGACAAGGAGAAUGGACACCUGCAGCUCCUCGGGCUGUUUCCCUUGCAAUUCGUGCAGCUUUUUGUUCAUGACGUGAGCCGCCAGCAGCUCAAGGUUAAGUUCCGAACUGGCCGCGCCUUUUACUUGCAACUGCGCGCUCCGCCAGAGACCCGUGACUGCGAGUUCGGACGCUGGGUGCGGCUGCUCUACCGCCUGCGAUUCCACUCGCCCACCUGCGCAGUGCCCUUCACACAUGAGGACACUGUGCCUGAGGAGUCUGAGGAUGAGGAUGAGGUCGAGGAGGGGCAGUUGCAGCCCCCGGAGGUGAGGGCGGGACCUCGAGCCCAGGGAUGUUGGGCCAGGAAGGAUGGAAAGGGACCAGGAUAUCAUUUAAUUGCCCAAGAUGUCUCUGGCCUCUCUACCUCUGCCUCAGCCUUCCAGAUAGCUAAAAUAACAGCUGUACCAAUGUGGGUGGUGACCGGCCUGUCUCCUCCUCGAUGUAGGUAAUUUUCAAGAGCUCAGGCCACAGGACGUGAGCUUCACCUUUUACUCCUGUAAAUGCCAUGGCAUGCAGUUCCCUCAAUGAGAUCUGAUCUUUAAGGCUGCCUUGUGGAGGUGUCUGUCCUUUACCCCAAGAGUUUGAAUAACCCCACCCACAAGGAGACAGGAACUACAGACUCUGGAAGAAUGGACACAUGAUAAUUUGAGCAACAGUACUUUAUCACAAUGAUCAUUCUAGAAAGAUGACUGUCAUCCCAAGGGUUCCAGAACUGGUGUCCAGGUUCUGAUGACUUAACAGGUGAUGAGCUGUCACUGUGGCACUGCAGGAGAAAUGAGAGGUGGGUGAGGAGGGGUGAGAUAGGCUACACCAUGUCUCUACCCAAAAUCCCCCAGCAGAGGGAGCAAGAGAGUUCCCAUCUAGGGAUCAGCAAACACCAAUGCAGUCAUGGUCACCUCUCUCUCCCUCGCCAGCACUGCAUGUAGCCCCAGCUAGCUUUGAACUCAAAUAUGUAGCUGAGGAUGUCCUUGAACUCCCGAUCCCCCUGUUCCCACCUCCUCAAUGCUGGGAUGACGGUCAUCCAUCGCUAUAGCUGGUUGACAGUGUGCUGGGGAUGGAGCCCAGGCUUUGUGCUAGAUAAACUCUGUCCCCACAAGCCACCUCUCCAGACUCACAGAAUGAGAAGGGGUCUCGUGGCAUCCAGCGUUCCAUGUAGUUGAGGCUGUUGAUGCUUCCAACACCAAAAACUAGGGCUACGUUGGUUGUACUUUGCCAUGCCUGACCUUUUGUUUUAAAAUCUAAUCAGUUAUUUUA